AUGAUCCCAUUACCUGAUUCAGAUCCCUUUUUAUUAGGCGAACAUGCAUUUUAUGAAGGAGAUGUAGACAAGAAAUUGUUACUGAAUUUGAACUAUCAAUUUGAUCCUGCAAAGAUAAUUAAGUCAAAUCCAGAUGACAACUCAAUCUUCGACAUAAGUUCUAUUGUACAUCAUUUGAAUUUAACACAAUAUAUUAUAUUAGCCAUUUUAUUAAUUAUAUGUCUUAUUCAAAUUGGAUUCUUUAUCAAUAAUUUUAUUCGUCACAGAAGAAUUCAAAAACUUCAUCAAUCCAGUCAUUUUAGUCAUAGCCGUAGUGAUAGCGGUCAAAAGAUCGAAAAACCAGAAGAUAUGGUUUAG